CAACAGUUUCGUUUCUCAGAACAGUUAGCCAGAUCUAAAAGAUGGGCCUUGUUGGGACAGCUGCUGCUGUUGUAGGAGGUGCAGUGGUUGCUGCGGUCGGGGCUCCUGUUGUUCUAGGAGCCAUAGGUUUCACCUCAGCUGGAAUAGCAGCAGGCUCCUAUGCUGCUGGCAUGAUGUCGACUGCUGCCAUUGCUAACGGAGGAGGAGUGGCUGCAGGAGGUACAGUGGCUCUUUUGCAGGCAGCAGGUGCAGCUGGUCUGUCAGGAGCUGCCACUGCAGCUCUAGCUGGAGCUGGAGCAGCAGUGGGAUGGCUGACUCGCUUCAUCCGCUGAAAAUACAAAAGGAA